UGGAUCAGAUGAAUUCUGAGAGUUAAGGUUAUGCGGGAGAGAGAUCCAGAAGCUCUGGAAACUUUAUUCAGCCACACAGAAGUGUGUGAGGACAAGGGAGGAGUGUGUUUGGGACAGAGUGAUGAGGACGGGGUGAUGGAAGAAGGGGUGUUUAUUACUGAUUCCUCUACAGCACCGGUCUGCACAGAGACAGAGGGAUGGAUCGUACAGCCUCACUGUAGUUAUAACGACAGUGACACGGAGGAUGUUCUCACCACAGUAAAUCCUAACGAGGUUUUCGCCGAGAGUGACAGCAGCGCAUCAGAUGUUCCUGACCCCACCCCCCACCAGACACUGACCACACCCACAGUAUAUCAGGUAGUGUAUGAUAUCAGUGGAGUGGGCAACGGCCAAGAUCAGCAGAAAGUGGACGUCAUUUCUAUAGAGCUUGAUGACUGGAGUUCUCCAGUGCUGCUGCCAGAGGGCUGUGUGGUCGGAGAACUACCUCUUAUUUCUGCAGUUAAAGUAGAGCACGCUCAUCCUGACAUCAGCCACAGGACACUCGGCAUUCACUUGGACACACACUUAAACACUCUGCUGUUCCCGGAGCUGAACCUCACUGAGGAGGAACAGAAACUGCUCAACCAGGAGGGGGUUUCACUUCCAAAUAACCUCCCCCUCACCAAGGCGGAAGAGAGAGUACUGAAGAAAGUUCGACGUAAAAUCCGUAAUAAACAGUCAGCACAGGACAGUCGCCGCCGCAAGAAGGAGUACAUCGACGGUCUGGAGGGCAGGGUUGCAGCAUGUUCAGAGCAGAACAAGGAGCUUCAGAGAACCGUAGAACAGUUGGAGAAAAACAACAUCUCUCUGAUAGCUCAGUUGCGGAAGCUGCAGGCUCUGGUGAAACGGACAGCGACUAAAGCGGCUCAGACCGGCACCUGCAUCAUGAUUUUGAUUUUCUCAUUGGCACUGAUUAUUUUGCCGAGUUAUCGUCCGUUCAGCUGGAGCUCCAACACCUCAGAUGAGUCCUACACACCUACAGGAGUAAUUUCCAGAAACAUCCUGAAUGACGACGCCUCACCGCAGCUUCCAUCAGAAAACGCUGUGGAUGACAAAAAAAACAUCAGAGAGUUACAGCCUUCAUUGUUAGAUGUCCAGCAGGUGGAACAAACCCUCACGGAGGGGUCUGAGGCAGAGAAAUCAGCGCAGGAAGUACUGGUUGUUGAUGUCCAACAAAAACAAAACGACUCUACAGUAGUGGAAAAUCAGCAGAAGUCGAUGGAUGUUGACUCAGACUCUCCAGCAGCAGGGGGCUCAAAGCUAGAUGUGGACGCAGCUAAACCUGCUCAUGCGGAUGAAAUGUAAAAACAUAAAGCACUGUCUUAAAAGACGCUAAUGAGGCUUAUUAAACUCUCAUGAAAAUCAUGAUGAAUGGACGUUCACUGUGGCUUCUUCCUAAACUGUCACAAAUUAGCUUAGCUAAUUCUCUGUUUUGGCUGUUUAAUACAGUUUGAUAGCUCUUUAGGAUGUAGCCACUCUGCUAAACCUUCAGUCAUUUUGCUACUUGCUAAAUAGUGUAUUGAAUUAAUGGUUGUGUUAAUAUUUGACACAAUUAAAUAUGGUAUGGUUCCAAUAAAGAACAUGUGAUACACAUUAGUAAGCAAGCUAGCUAGACAAACGUUUAGCGGACGCAGUGAUGCUUUCCAAUACCUGUUAACAAUGGUGGGCUGCGUCCCAAAUCAACUUCAGUGUGUAAAUACAGUUUUGUAUUGGGGUGAAAUUCCUGUUGUUCUGUAAACUUAUACGCUGCUUAUUUUUACAAUAAAUAU